GUGCAUCUCUCUCUCUCUCUCCGCAACAUCGAAAAGGUGAAGAGAGUCCCUGCACUCGCACUCACUCGCUCGAGUGCUGGCGAAGGAAACGAAUUCGCUCGGAAAGAAGAAGAGAGGCGAAAUUUUUAAUUGUGUUCAUUUGGUUGUGUUCCCUGUUAGUGCUGCAUGUGAUUUUCCGCGCGUUUCCGCCUCACCACGACACUAACGCUGCCCUCUAAGAGAGACGGCCUCUGGUUCGAUUCCUGGCCGCGUGCGUCUGUAUGUGUGUGUGAGCGAGUGAGCGCGAGUGCUGUGUGUGUUAAAUUCGCGGCGGCGCGGGCGACAGAGCAAGGUUGGUUUUGCUCGGCUCGCGGGUCCAGCCGGCGCGCAGCAAGGGGAGCGAGUAGGGGAGCCUCGACCAUAGCACUAGAGACGACGUCACAAGGACCGUCGGCAGUAGGCCGGGAUACGCGAGGCACCAUCGAUGCCGUGGCCGAGACACUCGCUCGUCUUCAUAUGCGUCUAGCCAGGGUAUAGUCAUGGGAAGCGAACAGUACUGCCUCCGGUGGAACAAUCAUCAGAGCAACUUGCUGGGGGUGUUCAAUCAGCUGCUGCAGGAUGAGUCGCUGGUGGACGUGACCCUGGCGUGCGAGGGCCACUCGCUCAGGGCGCACAAGGUGGUGCUCUCGGCGUGCUCGUCCUUCUUCCAGUCGCUCUUCGUCGACCACCCGGACAGACACCCCAUCGUAAUCCUCAAGGACGUCAAGUUCUCCGAGCUCAAGACGCUGCUCGAGUUCAUGUACAAGGGCGAGGUCAACGUCGAGUACGGCCAGCUGUCGGCCCUCCUGCAGACGGCCGAGAGCCUCAGGGUCAAAGGCCUCGUCGAGAUGACGGCCAGCGUGGAGAAGAGGGCGUGCGCCAGUCCGGAGGCCACGCCGCUCAGCCUCGAGACGGCCAAGCGGCCGCCGCCGGACGCCCCCUCACCUCAGCCGCUCGAACUGAAAACCACCCCCGCACCCACCCCUCCCGCCCCCUGCAGCAGACAUGACUCGGGCCCUCCGACCUCAUCCGACAGUGAGAAUGAAGAGGACGAGGACGAAGCCAUGCAAGAGAGUGAAGAAACAACCCCUGGACCACAUGCAAUACCUGGCGAACCACCGGGAGGCUUAACAUCGCCGAGGUCGGAUCCAAUACCAGGACCUUCGGGGUUGUUACCAGUCCAACAAGUGCCACUGUCUUUGAAGAAAGAAGUUGAUUGGGGUGAACGGAGCAGUACUGGCGACGACAAAAGCACAACGGGGGAAGGCUCAUCAGAGUAUAGACCACCUUUAGAUCCUAGGAACCGAAAUUUCAUGAUGUUUUUCCCAUGGAUGUCAUGGCGUAAUAAAACUUCGGACGACAUCACGUCUCCUGAGGUGAUGAUCAUCGAGGGCAGCUACACGUCGCCGCCGUCAUUUUCGCCGUCGCCGCCGCCGGGGCGCGACUCGUCGAGCGCGCCGUCGUCGCCGCUGCCGUUCCCCUUCCCGAUCUCGAACGGCGUCGGCGGCAUCCCGACCAUCACGGUGGGCGACGGCCAGCCGGCGGCCUCGCUGGCCAGCCUGCUGCAGACGGGCGGCGAGGCGCUGCAGCGCUUCCUGGCCGCCGGCGGCGGCGUCGCCGACGGCGGCGCCACGGUCAAGUGUCCGCUGUGCAUGGCGCACUUCCCGGCGUCGAUGCCGCUGGACCAGCACCUGUGUCUGCACUCGCGCGAGAAGCCGUUCAAGUGCGACCAGUGCGGUCAGUGCUACAAGUACCAGUCGGCGUACGCCAAGCACCGCGAGCAGAACCACACGGCGCGCCUGCCCGGCGAGAAGCCGUUCCGCUGCGAAAUCUGCGGCAUGCAGUUCCGCUACCUCAAGUCAUUCAAGAAGCACAGACUGAACCACGCCGUGGAGCGUCUGCAGCCGCCCGGACGCUCGGACGCCGACGACGCCGUCCUGCUGGCCCGCCUCUACCACCAGCCGGCCCCUCCGCCCCCGCCGGCAGAGUCCGAGGACGAGCAGCCCGGCGGCCUCGAGGCGCCCGACAACCACGUGACCAGCUCGAACGAGGCGGUCGGACGGUGUUCGGGACAAGAGUCCGAGCAGGACAUCGACAGUCUGGCCAUGGCCCUGGCGUUGUCCUCGUCCUCGUCCAACAACAACAGCGCGUCGACCAGUUCGGCGCCGCCGAGCGCGCCGGCCGCCGAGCCGUCCUCCCUGUACAACCUGCUGAAGCUGGACGACGUGCAGCGCAAGUUCACGUGCGUCUUCUGCCACAAGUCGUUCCGCUCCAAGGAGAACCUCAAGCUGCACGUGCGCAAGCACACCGGCGAGAAGCCGUUCGAGUGCGAGUUCUGCGGCCGCGCCUUCGGCGGCAAGAGCGACAUGAACCGCCACCUGCGCAUCCACACCGGCGAGCGGCCCUACCACUGCGACAUCUGCGGCAAGUGCUUCGCCAGGGCCGACUAUCUGUCCAAGCACCUCACCACCCACCUCAACAAUUCACACUAAGCACAAGUUGAUUUUUUUUCCUUUUUCUCUCUCAUUCCGAGCGGCCCACCUGCGUGGGUGUUGAGGACGUUGCGUACAUAAACACACAUGAUAUUAGUUUGUAAGGUUGAGUUUUGAGACCGUGUGCCAAAAUGACUUUGUAGUUCGUUUUAACUGCCAAAUUUGAGACUUUUAGGUAUAUAUACGUACAGAAAUGUUUAAAAUUAAGAAGUGAGCUGCAGACUUGAAAUGGUGUCUUCACUUUGGAUUGAAAGUUUUUCCGCAACAGAAGAGUUUUUCAAUUUUGAAAAGGAGAGGCUGAAAAGGUCAACGUUAAGUAAAAUGAGUAAAAAUGGAAGUAACUUUAAUUUUUCAAUUGUUAAAUUUAUUUAGAUUUUGAAGAUAAGAAUUUUAAAUUUCUGUUACAAACCAUUUAAUUUAAAAAAAUUGCACAAAGCAAUUUUAUAAUUGAGUUUUUUGGAAUUGAGGUCAAAUUUUAAUCUUCAGCAAAAGUAAUUUUCCGUUUAUAUGUGCAAAUAUCAUUUUCAACCUCUCUUAUCUCAAACUCGUAAAACUCUACUUUCUGAAGAACAGGAAUUGUUGCUUUUGCGUAUGCACCUCUGCACGUUUCGAAAGAGUUUUCAUUUUCCUUUCUACGUAAAUGUGAAAUAAUGUAGUUUUGGCACAGGUCACCACCAUUCAUAAUAAUGUAUUUCAUUCAUCCACAGAACGAAAUAGCUUCUACCUCUCAAAAGGCUCACUGGUGAUCCGAUUCUUACUUAGAACUUUAAUAUAUAUACAAUAUUAUACACACACACAUACAUAUUUCUCCGAUUUCAAACAACACAUCCGUUUCCGAAUCUAUAUGAAUGUCUUGCACCCGCAUGCAAAUACGUGUAAGUAACUGUCACACUCAUUCGAAUUGGCCUAUUUUACUUUUGCGAUCGAAUUUUUAACAGUGACAGACAGAACGACUUCCAGGCGAAGUCCCGGAACGAUAUUUUUCAACCAUUAACCAGUAAUUAUAUAUAAUGAUGAUGAUGAAACACAAAAACUCACACACAUUCGACAAACACCAUACUAUGCUGUAUCUCAUCUACCUCUGACUUGUUUUUAUAUCUCUUUCUUACGAACAAUACUACAUACAUUUUGCAACUGUUUUUGUUACAGCAGUUAUAAUGUUAAGAGACUUUUCCUUUUUGUUAUAUGAUCUGCGAAAUUUUGCGUUUGUUAUGCGACUGAUUUUUGAGUAUUUAUUAACACUGGCCGGCCGGUCCAGCGGCGGACGGGCGCACCACUGUGUUUUGAGCGAUUAUCGCGCCGCGCUCCUCCGCUGGGCGCGCCGGCCAAACGCAACAGUUGGUUCCUAUCGAUACACAAUUUACACAGCAGCAGCCAUUAUAAUUCUGAUAUAAAUAUACUGACGGAAAAACACACAACAACCACGUAACGUACGAGAUAAUAUUCAUCUUUGGGUAGUAACAACACACAACUUACAUACUUUUUCCCGCAGAAUCACUUUCAACAAAGUGGAUGUGAACACCUAGGAAUGAUCGGCAACAGAAAAAAUAAUUUAAUUCCUGGAUUAUUUCACGUAAAAUUAUGAGAAAAUCUACUUUUAACUGUUUCUGGUUGAGGUGCAUUGAGUAUAAAAUACGAAAGGUAAAAAUUUAUUUAGAUUGGAAGGUUGGCAUAAUUUUGGUUAUUCAGAUAAUCACUGCAAUGUAGAACUCAAAUUUGAGCUGAAUUAUAGAAGCGGAGUAAUUCAACUUAAACUAUUUAAUGUGCUUGUUUGGUGAGAAAAAAUUUGAUAAUUUGUUUUUUAGAUCUUUAUUUCUUCAGAAUUUGAAGUUUUUAAGGAAACUGCAAUUGUUUGAUCGGACCAAAAGUUAUUAAAAUUUAAUAACGAGGAUAUUUAUGAUAUUUUUUUUUGUUUGAAACAAAAUUAGCGCAUUUAAAGAAGCAGUGUCGCAAAAAUAUUUUCCCAUUAUUAUUUCUUAUAAUCGGUAUCAUUUCAUUGCUUGGUGCAUUUAUAAUUUUGCACGAGAGACUCACGCCACCUUAAUUUGAAACCUGAGGUCAGUCAUGAGCCAAUCUAUUCUAGCGUUGUUCGCAUCCACUUAUUGUUAGACAGAAAUAUGUACUUCCUCUGUACUUUGGUCGGAGGUGCGCCUCCGAAUUUGAUUCCUUCAUCCUCUUUACACACAAACUCACACUUAACAAUACGCUACUGUAAGACAUAUGUAUUUACAUAGUUAUAUUACUUCACCGAUGCACUUCUCGCAUAAUUAUUCUCUAAAUAUAUUUAUGCUUUUUUGCGAGACGUUUGUCCCUGAAAGAUUAAUUAUUUACAAGAACAAUAGUGACGCCGUUAUCACCUUUUCUCUCUCUCUUUCUCGAGGGGAUUUCCAAAAAUCUGUGAAACGUUUUCGACAAGCGCGUAUGUAUAAAUAUUAUAUUAUAAAUUAUGACGAGACGCGCUUUGGAACUCCCCAGCGAUAAUGCAAUAGCUUCAGCUUGAUACCUCAUAAAUAGAUGCCUUUUAUUAUUGUGAAAACUGUUAUAAUAUGCAGCAAACUCGUUUUUUGUCAAACCCUCCAAACUUGCAUGCCGACUUUGCCGUACUGUUGUUGAUUUCAUCUGUCCCACUCCGUUCGAAUCGAGAGCACGACAAUAUAGAACUGAUAUGAUGAGAGGAUAUAAUAUACAAACAAAAACGAUGACGAAGAAUGACAAAUUUUCCAAAUCUCACUUUGGUUUGUUCGAUUGACAGCGCAAUGAAUGAAAAAUUAUACGCUACGCAAACUGCCAAUACGGACACAAGAAGAAGGAGUUCAAACACGAGCGAAAAUGAAAUAUGUAUAAUUAUUAUGUAAUUGAUGAUAAAAAUUUCAAAGUGCCAUUUUAGUAAAACACAUACGAAUCGAGAAACAAAAAAUAAAAUAAACUCUGUCUACGAAGAAGAGAUCUAGAACCAAAAAUCGACGAUAUGACGAGAGAAAAAAAUUUAUAGAAAGCAAGCAAGCGUGUGCCAUGAAGAAUUUAUUAAUGGAGAAAGAAGCAAGGUUUGCGAGAAAAUCUAUAAUUAGUGUGACGAAGAAGAAAUUAUUAAAAUAGAUGCAGAUGAUAUUUUCAGAGAUGUGUAUUAUAUUUUGAUGGAUAUUGUAUGGUGUUAAAUAGAGUGGUUUUAGACGUGUAUUAACUUCAAUGUCCCCAUCACAGUGUGUAGGAGCUUCUAAAAAACUAGUUACAGUGAUAUAAUAACUGAAGAGAAAAAACAAAGAAACAAAUGUAAGAGAUACGUCAGAGCCACUCAAAUCGAUGUUUGUCGCCGUUGAAUGCAAUCAUCCGAACAAUGAAAAGGCUGGAGUUUUUAGGCAACUUAGCAUGUGAUCUAUGAAAACGACGCGAAAAUUCAUCAGUCAUGAUUAACGAAUUAAUCAAUCAUUAGGGACGAACCUUGUUUAUUAUAGAGAACGAGUCUAAUCUGAAAAUUGCUGAUUGAACCUCGAAAGAUAGUUUGAAACAAUCAACAGGCUUCCUCUCUUUCUCAAUCUCCUUGAAACUUUUCUGCCCCCGUUACUAAAAUACAAAAAAAAAAUUAACUUCCGAAAUAUUUAAUCAAAAUAUAAAAAACUCUUGCCAAAUAAUUUAAUGUGCUUGGGACUCGUUUGAGCUUUUUGGAUCUUGCUCAAAAUUAUUUCAAAUACUUUCUUUUUCGAGUCCCGAAGGUGAAUGAAAAAUGUUGUGAGAUUUUCGCCGCUUCACUUUUUCCGAACAAUACCGUCUCUCUCGAACUAUUUCUCUUCUCUUUCUCUAUCUAGGUGGCUUACCUGAUACGCAAUAAACUAAUUAACCACUCGCUACGACCCACGCAACUACCCCCUACUAAUAUAGCAGCAGAUGUUAAUAAGAAAACAUUUAGCAGGUACCUUCUUCAUUGUAAAUAUUUUUAAAAGUAUAACAAUCGUGUCCAAGAUGAGACGGACACAAUGUUGAUAGAUCGAAUUUUUUUGUGAUUCUCCCUGUGUUUCUUUUUCGGCAUGAAACUUAAACGAAGACGUACGUAAUUCUGAUUAGGAGAAAUUUUCGCUGUUGUGAUUAGAAACUAGACAGGUACUUUUUUACUAUAUAUAAGCAACUUUUUCUAAUUAAUUUAUUCAAACUUUUUAUAUUAUUAUAUUUUUGUCACUUUGUUAUUUGACGUCGUUGUUUUUUAGUUGUUUAAUCGUUCAAUAGUCAAUCAGCUAUCGAUUACCUCAGAACUUUUUUACUGUGAAUACGGCGAGGAGCAAAACGUGCGCUCCUGGAAAUGUACAAUCUCAUUUUAGCCAUUGAUUUCACUAUUUUUACUUUGUGUUAAUUUCCACCGAAAUUAAAAAUGACUUAUUUCUUUUUCUCUGGUGUAUAAAAAAAGCAGUGGAAAAUUCCUCUUUUGCCAAAAAAAAAAUGAAACGCCGCCCCUUAAAAAGAAAUUUACACGACCUGCAUUGGCAAUCAUAUUGAACAGUCGAAAUUUGGCGCAAAAGUCGCCAAAUAAAAAAUAAAACCUGAAAUUAACGAAAGUGCUGUAAAAUUCGCCAUUGACAUGAAAUUAUUCUUCCUGAUGCUGAGAAAAUUUUAACAGAAUUGGAAGAACAUAUCAGAAGAAAAAAAUAAUGUGAACAAAGAAAUUAUUGUCUUACCGCGCAUCACAGUAAAUGAAACUGUAAAAAAAAAAUUAUGUGUAAAACUAACGAGAUUUUAAUUUUCAGAUUCUAAAAAUAUAGCACACACAUACACGGGUUUCAGUGUUAAAGAGUAAAACAAUAAAAGAAAAAAAAACAUUUUCUGUAUAAGUCCUAAUGUGUUACGUAUGUACAUCGGUUGAUUUUAUUGUGACCUGCCAAACAAACUCUAUUAGUUGCAGCAUUGAUAUUUUUUCUAGUUUUUAUAAACUCGCAAACACGCAUUCAAAGCAGCAGCAAUAUUUAAGAUGAUGAAAACAAAAAAAUGACGAAUUAUGAAUCGAUAAAAAUUGUACUGUUUGAUUGAUGGUUAUUUGUGGAUUUCUUUUCGAUGGCAAUAAAAGUAUUUACUGUGAAUAUAGCAAGAUUAUCUUUUAAAACACGC